AUGGAUUUCUACUUCAUUAUCUUCACCUCACUCUUCUCCCUGCUGCUCAGCUACCUCCGAUACAAGUACCAAUAUUGGGAGGUACGGGGUGUGCCUCAACUGAAAAUGAACUACCUAUUCGGCAACUUCUUUCGAUUGGGUUCUAUACACGGAGCAGAGCUCAUGCACGAGGUCUAUCAGCAAUUCCGUGGUAGAGGCAAAUUUGUCGGUACCUACAUUUUCACCAAACCAAUACUCGUCAUACUCGAUCUGGAUCUAAUCAAGUCCAUACUAGUCAAAGAUUUCAAUAAAUUCACUGAUCGUACUUCUGAUAGUGGUGCUGACGAAGCACUCGCCUCAAAUCUAUUUACCCUACACGGUGAAAAGUGGCGACCUUUACGCGCCAAACUCACACCCACCUUCACAUCGGCGAAAAUGAAAUUUAUGUUUCCCACAUUGAUAUCGGUGGCACACCAAUUGGAACAAGCCCUUAGUGCGCAUAUAUCACAAGUGCCGGACGGCAUUAUUGAGAUUCACGAUAUGAUGGCGCGCUAUACAACUGAUGUCAUUGGCUAUUGCGUCUUCGGUGUGGAAUGCAACAGCCUAAAGGAUCCUAAUGUAGAGUUUCGUCAAAUAGGUCGCCGUAUUUUCUUUCGGCACUUCAUUUCCGUACGUCUACGCUUGCUAAUGAUAACAUAUCCUGUGCUAUUUAAGUGGUUCAAGUAUUUCCAAAUCAAACGAUUACCCACAGACAUCGUUGAGUUUAUGAAGCGUUUGGUGCGCGAGACGGUGCGUAUGCGUGAAGAGCAGCAAUUGCAGCGCAAUGAUUUCAUGAACUUGUUGAUUGAGUUGAAGAAUACUAAGGAUGCAAAUGGUAUGCCAGGCAUGAGUAUUGAAGCGAUGGCGGGUCAGGUGUUCUUGUUUUUUGCUGCUGGAUUUGAGACCAGUUCGAGUAAUAUGAGUUAUGGGCUGUAUGAGUUGGCGAAAAAUCCGCAUGUGCAGGAGAAGUUGAGAGCUGAAAUCGUCAGCGUACUAGCGAAGCACAAUGGCGAAUUGACCUAUGAAGCUAUGAUGGAAAUGAACUACCUGGAUCAAGUCAUAAGUGAAACUCUACGCAAAUAUCCAGCACUGGCCGCGCUUACCCGUGUCUCAGUCGAGGAGUACAGAUUGCCCGAUACGAAUAUUAUACUCGAGAAAGGCAUAAGAGUGCAUAUACCAGUGAAGGAGUUACACUACGAUCCAGAUAUCUAUGAAAAUCCCGAAGAAUUUCGUCCCGAGCGCUUCAGUCCAGAAGAAGUGCAAAAGCGUCACCCGCAAGCUUUUCUCGGCUUCGGCGAUGGACCACGCAAUUGUAUUGGCCUACGUUUUGCGCGCAUGCAAGUGCGCGUAGGAUUGAUAACUCUACUGAAAUCUUAUCGCUUCAGCUUAUCUGAGAAGACACCAACACAAAUAGAAUUUGCAAAAUUUAGUUUAGUAAGAGUGCCGGAGGCUGGCAUUUUGCUGAAGGUAGAAAAAUUGUAAAGAUCAUAAAGUGCGUUGGCGUCAAC